ACAAAAUGUUGCGGUUCAUAAGCAAACGUGAGCAAUUUUUCACGUCACUCGGAGAGCAGUAUCCUGAACUAGCUAUUGAUGGUGAGACAUGGAACUUCAUAAAAGAAUACGAGGAGGCUUUCAGAUCUUUCUACACAGCCACCAAGCUGAUGCAAUCACAACAUCAACCAUUUUCCGAGUUUUAUAUGCUAUGGCUAAAUGGCAUUCAAGAACUGACUAAGCUCAAGAACAAUCGAUUUGUGACACCAUUGACAAGCGCUUCGCUGAACCGUUUGAAAAAGUUGAAAGAAAACCAGCUCUUCCGGGCCGCUCUGUAUUUGGAUCCCAGAUUUAACUUCUUGGUCUCUAAGAUACUCAGCACCGAAGAAAAGGAACAAUCACAGGAGUAUUUGAUCCGAAUUUGGGAGAGGCUUAAUGCACUCCGCUCUGCAUCAUCGAAUGAGACAUCACCGGAUAUUUCUAUGAACGAAUCCUCGACAUCCACAGCAGAUGAAAUGGACGAUUUCAUCACUGACAUGUACGGUGGAACGCUGAUGCCUACGAAUUCGUCGAAAUCUUUGGAUAAUAUCCGCCAACAGAUUAAAAUGCUGGAAAUUGAACCUCGGCAGCCGCACACGUAUGACGUAUGGAACCAUUGGUUAGCCAGAAAGGCCUCACAUCCGGAGCUUUUGCUGUGGCUAUGGUGGUACUUUCGGCGCCUUCUGACCAAGCAUCGGUUGAAAGAGCGUUCAGCGCUUUAGGUCUUGUAUUAACAAGUCAUCGCACGGGAAUGACCGAUGCACAUCUGGAGGACACGCUGUUGGUAAAACUGAACCAGACCAUCGUUGACAAUAUAAUGCCUAUGCUGUAUCCAUGGAAGGACUUCAAAUGAGUCCGUGACCCAUGUAUAAUUACAAAACUAUAUCCUUAAAAUUUGACUUUAACUCAUGUGAAGACAAUAAUUGAAUUUUUUGUGAGUAUGAAAGUCUUACAAAUGUUUCGGUAGUGCUAUCUAUACCGUUUUUCAUACCUAUACCUUGUUUUAAUAAUUUAAAUAAAGAGAGAUGAA